GGCCGGUGGCGCUCGAAUGAUCUGUUCGGAAUUCAGCAGAAGUACAAGUGAUGAAGAGUGUGAGUAUAAGACAGUAUGAGCCUCGCAUCCGCUUCUCUUCCUCAUCACACACAAACCGUUUAAGUGUGUGAUCAAAGUGUCGCAGAGAGGUGCAAACUAAGCAGCAGUAAGUCAGAGUUUAUUCAGUGAUGGGCGGCGGAGGACAGCAGACGGACCGGAUCACCGGUACCAAUGGGCGGUUCAGCACGUACACCUGGGAGGAGGUGCAGAAACACACCAAGUCUGGAGAUCAGUGGAUCGUGGUGGAAAGGAAGGUUUAUAAUGUGAGCCAGUGGGUGAAGAGACACCCCGGAGGACGGAGGAUCAUCGGACACUAUGCUGGAGAAGAUGCCACGGAGGCGUUUACUGCGUUUCAUCCAGACCUUCAGCUGGUGAGGAAAUACAUGAAGCCGCUGUUAAUCGGGGAGCUCGAGGCGUCUGAACCCAGUCAAGACAGCCAGAAAAACGCUGCUCUUGUGGAGGAUUUCCGACUCCUUCGUGAGCAGCUGGAAGCUGAGGGGUGUUUCAAAGCUCAGCCCCUAUUUUUCCUCCUGCAUCUUGGUCACAUCUUGCUUCUGGAGGCCAUCGCCCUGAUGCUGGUAUGGAACUUUGGAACCGGCUGGAUCAACACGGCCAUCGUUGCUGUUUUACUGGCUACUGCACAGUCGCAGGCUGGAUGGCUGCAGCAUGACUUCGGUCAUCUGUCCGUGUUUAAAACCUCUCGAUGGAAUCACUUAGUGCACAAAUUUGUCAUUGGACACCUGAAGGGAGCGUCUGCCGAAUGGUGGAACCAUCGCCACUUCCAGCAUCACGCUAAACCCAACGUGUUCAAGAAGGACCCGGAUGUCAACAUGCUCAAUGCGUUUGUAGUGGGAAAAGUGCAGCCUGUGGAGUACGGCAUUAAGAAGAUCAAGCAUCUGCCUUACAACCAUCAGCACAAGUACUUCUUCUUUAUUGGACCUCCUCUGCUCAUUCCGGUUUAUUUCCAGUUCCAGAUCUUUCACAAUAUGUUCUCACAUGGUCUUUGGGUGGACCUUGUGUGGUGUAUAAGUUACUACGUUCGAUACUUCCUGUGUUACACGCAGUUCUACGGUGUGUUCUGGGCAGUGCUUCUCUUUAAUUUCGUAAGGUUCCUGGAGAGUCACUGGUUUGUGUGGGUGACCCAGAUGAGCCACAUCCCCAUGGACAUCGACUACGAGAAACGCCAAGACUGGCUGAGCAUGCAGUUGGUUGCAACCUGUAACAUCGAGCAAUCCUUCUUCAACGACUGGUUCAGCGGACACCUCAACUUUCAGAUCGAACACCAUCUGUUCCCUACGAUGCCUCGGCACAAUUACUGGCGCGCCGCUCCACGCGUGCGAGCGUUGUGUGACAAAUACGGAGUCAAGUACGAAGAGAAGUCCUUGUACGGGGCCUUUGCGGACAUUGUCAGGUCUUUGGAAAAAUCUGGAGAACUGUGGCUGGAUGCGUACCUCAACAAAUAAAACCUCACUUCUAGCUGAGCAGAAUCCACCAAUCAGAGCAAGCAUGUCACAGACUAGACAUUAAAAAGUCUCGUAACUAAAAGCCCAGUCAAUCAGAUUGCUAAAAUGACGCGUAGCACUUAUUUUUGAUGUUUGAAAGGUAAUUGUGGCACUUUGAAUGUGUUUUAAAGAGACUGAUCAGAGAUGCGGGUCUCGCUCCAAAUAAAGGAAGUAUCCGAAAGUACACGAACGUGCAUGGAUGUACCCGAAAGUUGUGUGAUUGCUGGAUUACAAUCGCUGAAUUUUUAAAUUCGCUAGAAGCAUUGAAUAUUUUGAGGAUCAUUUCUGAAAAACAAUCUUUUAGCAGUCACUUUAUUUCUUUAAAUUUGCAAUACAGUGAUUUUGUUUUUAUAAAUAACAUUUGGAGAAACUAGCAGAGGAUAAUACUAAGAGGCUGUAUUUGACAUUUAAUUUAAUUUCCUACUAUGGUAUCCCAUUAAACUGAUUAAACCUCA